ACAAAAAACUAUAUGUAUAUCAAAUAUGUCGGUAAAAAAGGUUAGUCAAUAUCUGGUACGAGAGUUGCGGGUAUCGGACGCGGACAGUGUUCGCCAAAUAUGGACUGAAUCGGGAUUUAUGGCUAUGAAAUAUGGGCCGGAAAUAUGGCGCAAAUCAUUCAGUGAGGGUCUAUUCGUGGCCGAGGAUGUCAGCACAGGUCAGGUAAUCGGUUAUUGCGAUGGCGUUAACCUCACCAACGAUUUGGCAUUUAUUGGCGGCUAUAGUGUUAAACCAGAAUACCGGGGACAGGGAAUCGGUGCCGCUUUGUGGGCCAAAGCAGUGACAUAUAUGGGCACCGACAGGAAUAUUGCACUGUUUGCCGCCACACAAGCAAUGGGCGAUUAUUAUCGCACAAAGUGUGGCUUCGGUGUUGUACCCGACAGACGACUGGUCCAUAUGACUGGCCAAGUAGUGGUCAAUGAUGACAUCAUUAAAAAUAUUGAUGGCAUCACUUUGUCUGUUAUCACAAAUGAAAUACUGCCACUUGUGGUCAAAUAUGAUAGCAAUGUUUGCGCCGGAUUGAACCGCACUGUCUAUAUCAAGGAACUGACCAAAAGCCCCGACACUUGGAAUUUGGUGGCAAUUAAUGAGAACCGCGAUGUUGUUGGCUAUUGUAUUAUAUAUACGACCACUACUGAGGUGACAAUGGUUGGACCUCUCUAUGCCGACAAUGAUAAGAUAGCUGAGCUAUUAGUAGGUCAGUGUUGUCAUCAAUUGCCGGUUGAAAGACGAAAUAACUUUUUAUAUUAUUGUUGGAAUACUAAUGACAAGUCAAUUGGUUUAGCAAAACGUUUAGGACUGACCUAUUUAAAGGACAGACCGUUUUUAUUUAACAAAAAACUAGUUGAUGGACAGUUAGAUAAACAAUUUUGUAUUUCUAAUAGUUUUCUCUAUCCAUAUUAA